AUGUGGUGUGUCAGUAUGUACUUUGGUGAUACCUACGUCGGUGCCAUAGUAGCAGACGUGGGUGCAAGUACUAUUAAAUAUGGUCAAUACGGUAAAGAUACUCCUGAUGCCAUAAUACCUUCGUAUCUCCUACAAAUAGAUAAUGAAUAUCAUUUGUUAGAAUUCCAAAAUGGAGCUCUUAAUGUAAACAAUCAAUCUGCCGCAGUAAAUAGGUUGGUUUGGGGCACUGAUCAACUGGAGUUCAAUGCAAACUCUGUUUGUAAGUCUUUAAAUCUGAUAGAUUCCAAAUUAAGCUGUUUGGAUUCCAUCAAUUGUGAGUCUAAUGCUAGUGAAUUGUCCAAUAAGCCACUGAUGUUGUGUGAACCGAAUGUUGAUUGUAAGCACUACCGGGAAAACUUUACCGAAGUUUUAUUUGAGAAUUACGGAAGUCCAGGGGUAUAUUUUAGCAAAUCAGCUGUACUAUCUGCCUUUUCCACUGGCAGAUUGACUGCUUUAAUAAUUGAUUUGGGCGCUAGGUUGAAUUCACUUGCAGCGGUUUCUAAUGGACGGUUAUUAACAGGCAAUUCUGUGGUAGAGAGUUGCGUUUCUGGUAAUUAUCUUGACUUUUGCUUCGCCAACAUGGUUUUAGAUGGUAAUUGUGAGGAUUUGCUCAAUCAUAAUUUGGUGGCUAAGGGUUAUGAUCAGGCAAUACUUUCAAAUUGCCACAACAAUGGAAAUCAAUUGCAUAACGUUUAUGUACAUGGACUAGUAAAGGAGCUUCGUGAAACUUUAUGUGGUGUAUCACAAAUUAAGCCUAACUACAACUCUUCAAUAGAAGGAUUGAACAUCAAGAAAUUGUCCAACAUAACACAUACACUGCCAGAUGGUACCAAUAUCGAUGUUACCAAUCUAACUUACUCGGUUGGAGAGUUGAUAUUCACAGAUAGUACUGAAUUGAUGCGAGAAUUUGGAAUAAGCGACCCAAAUGGACAUACAUACAAGGGGCUCCAUACGCAAAUAGUGGACUUUGUAAAUUAUCAGAUAGAAGAUUUAUAUCGCAGAGAUUUAAUCGCAAACAUUUUCAUAACUGGAGGGCUUACGUCUACAACAGGUCUACAAGAACGACUGGUGAACGAAAUGUCUAGUUUCAUACCGAACGACGAAACUGUGAUGAUGUGGACGAGGCUCAAGAUAUCUUCACCUCCUAGAAAUAGUGAACGUAGCUUUUCUAGCUGGCUUGGAGGAUCAAUUUUGGCAUCCAUGCCAAGCUUCCAUGACAUGUGGAUUAGUAGGCAGGAAUAUUGCGAGCAUGGAUCGCUAGUAGCCCAUCUCAAACAAUUUUAA